CCUGAUGCCGCUCCCGUUGCAGCUUCACGGGCGAGCAUCACAGCCGCCAUGACCAAGGCUAAACUGACCGAGACGUUACCCGUCUUGCACGGUAGUAGCGUGCCCUUAUCUCGGGGCGUGUUCGUCGUUUGAUAGUCCAGAGUCAUACAGUCUAGUAGCCUCAUCGUUGUUCGUGGAUCUAACCAACGCCAAGUCUUGACAGUCGUGCGAAUUCCGGAGAACCAUCCUGUCGUCGCUGUACCGCGGGCGCUUUAUAGGCUUGCCUAGUGUCGCGCUUCUCGCAGGCGCGCUGGUCGCGAUCGUCGCGCGGCAGCUCAUCCGUGCGCGCCGCCAGCACUCGUCCACGCCUCGAGGGUUCGCGGAAACGACAACGAAAGCGGUACUCGCGGCGGGUGCGAAGCUAGCAGGCCGCAAUAACGAUCGCCCGGUGAUAGUAACGAUUGGCCGGUAACAGAGACUUGCGGCCGGCAACAAUAACGGUUGGGCGGCAUGGUGGCGAGAUCGGAGGUGGAGGCGAUGGUGCAGCUGCUGGGGGCGGAGAAGGCCAAGCAGCGCGAGGAGGGCUUUAAGAUGCUGCAUCGGUACAUGCAGGAGUCGUGCAUGGCGGCCUUGUGCACCGCACUGGACCGAGAGGAGAUGUGGCCCACCCUCAUGGCAGCGCUGUGCACCGCCAUCCACAGGGACGCCCUCGCCACGCAGGGCAGCCGCAGCCGCCGCCCGCAGAGGCAGGCCGUGGCGAGAGAGCUGCGGCGCCUCGUGGAGAUGGCGGACGAACGCGUGCCCCCUCCUCCAUUCGCCCCGCACCCCCUGCGUCUGGCCACCAAGGUGCGUGCGCUGUGCCUGCACAUGAGCGCCACGCUGCCCCUGGCGCCCGCGUUCCUCACGGACUACUGCGAGGCGCUGCACGCGCUGCUCGCCGUGCCCGAUUAUGCAGCGCGCCUUGCCAACACCAAGCCGCUCAAAGACCUCAUGCGCUUCUUCCUGUCUCGCCUCGAGCUGGCUGUGGGCGCUGCACCCGCCACCCCCGCAACCCAACAACCACUGCUGCUGCCGCCAUCCGCUUCAGCCUCACCCUCAGCAACAGCCAGCACUGCUACCGUGUCUAACCUGGAGGCCUUCCACGCAGCUUCCUCUGUGCUGGCUCUGACUCGCUGUGCAGGGGGGGCCGGCUGUCUGGCGGUGCAGCAGCAGCACGACAUGGCGGGCAGCUUCGCCCUCAUCUUCGCCCACCUCACCGAUGUUGGUCGUCUGGCGCGCAAGCUGCUGGCGUGUGUGUGCGCCUUCCUGGCGGAGUGUGGGGCGAACCUGGCUGCAGGGGGUGCGCUGGCGGGGCUGGUGGGCGCGCUGAGGGGCUUCGUGCUGAGGACAUGGCACAGCACACGGGACGAGCAUGUCAUGGAAGGUCUCAUUCUCACCGCCCGCAUGCUCCUGCGCCUCAUGGCUGGAGGCAACUCGCUGGAUGGGGAAGAUGCUCUAGCGGCGGCGGGCGCAGAGGGCAGAGCGGGCAGCAGGGGGGGCCUCCAGGGGGACGUGCUGUCGCUGGUGGCCAAGGAGCUCUCGCGCUCCUCCCACGCCGCUGGGGGGGCUGCUGCUGCUGUGGCCUCUGCCAGCCUGCUGCCCGGCCUGGACGUGCGAGCAGUUGCAGCAGCGUCCAAGUCAUCGCUGCACUCCUCAUCCACCGUGGGGCAGUCCCACUGGCCCAUCAUGGACCUCGCCGCCUCACUGCUCUUCCAGCAGCAACUGCAGCACUUGCCACCAUCAUCGCAAGCACCUCCGUUGGCAGGAGCAAUUUCGGGCGAAGACAGCCGCCCUGCAAAGAGGCGAAGGACUGGCGGUGCUGGCAGUGCAGUAGUGAGCAGCAUGGGAGUGGGGUCGGUGGCAUUGGCAGGAGCCCGUGAUGGUGGUGCUGAUAGGUCAGGUGCUGCUUCCGUGUGGGCCGUGCUGGAGGAGCACAUCGGACAAGGCAGCGCGCCCUGGCUGACAGCUCUGUGUGUGCUGCUGUGUGACCAUAGCCACCCCAUCCCACUACACGCCCUCCACGGCUGGCUCGCCCUCCUGCACUCGCACCUUGCCAGGUGGAUUCAGGACGCCCGUCAGAAGGGCUCUCUCCCAACGGCCAUCUGGGCGCUCAGGUGCCUGGAGCAGCUCUGUAUGUGUCUCUCCGCCUCACACCUGCGACACCUCUCGGGCCAAGCAUCUCACAGCAGCAACGCCACACCAGCAGUGCAGCCACACCCUGGGCGCGCCUCACCUGCUGCUCUCUGGCAGUGCGUGUGGGCCGAGGUCACAGCUGCCCUCCCUGCUCUGCCCAACGCCCUGGUGGAGCCCUCUCUCGCCCUCCUCUCCGCCUUGCUGCAAUCAGGAGCCCUGCAGGACGUGACUGUUCACAAGGAGCUGCUGACGCUGCCGCAGUUCAAGGAGGGUGCCCCUCUCGCCAGUGAAACUCUGCAGUUCGCAGUCUCACUGCUCUCCAAUAAAAGCUUCCAGCGCCAAGAGGCGUCGCUGCUGGCACUGGAUCCAGCCUCCACCUCUCCCCUCAGCUCCGCACGUCUUGCGCUGCUGCAGUGGCUGCUCGCAGGAAUGAAGAGCGAGGCUCAUGCCACGCCCAGGGAACCUGAGUCCUCUCACCCGAUCACCAUGCGCACUGUUCUUCACCGCACUCACCGCGCGCCUGCCCCAUGGUUGGUUGCAGCGGCCCUGUGUGCGACAGUGACAGGCGAGGCACCGUGGUGCUGUGCUGCUGGCACUGCACCUGCUACUGCUGCCCGUGCUGAUGCUGGCUCUGCUGCCUCCUCCUCCUCUUCCCAGUUCUCCUUGGCCGCUUCUUUCCACCGCGACUGGUGGUUCCCUCUGCAUGAGGACGUGAGGGACAUGGAGGCGUCCCUCCCCCGCCUGGACCGCACCCCGCACAGCCUCGUCGCAGCAGCGGCAGGUUCCGCGGCUGCCGCAGCAACAGCUGCAGCAGACACAGUCUUGCCGCAUGGCAUGUCUUCUCCUGCUGCUCUCCCUCCUUUCUCGUCCCCUCCGUGGCUUGCGGCCUGCCAGCAACGACACCAAGAGACAUCUCCCCCCGUAUCCUCCUCCUCUCCUCCAUUCCCAUCCCCACACUCAACGGCCCCCACUCCCUCUCGCUCUCUGCUCGACUCGUCCCGCGUUCUCACUCUCUCGCGAGCAGCCCUCUCUGCACUCUCCUCACUGACCUGCCGUCCAGCCAGUGGGGCGAGCGGGAAUGGAAGUGGAGUAGGUGGGUUUGGCAGUGCAGAAGUGGGUGGUGAGGUGGCAAGAGGGGAGGGGGAGUGGCUAGAGCCCAGAGGCUCAGCUGGCAGUGCUGGGGAGGGCAUCGUGGGUGGCGCUGGCGGAAGGGGGAGUGCAAGCAGCGGGGGUGACAGUAAGCAAGCACACAGCCUAAGGCUCGCUGCGGUGGGGCUGCACUGCUGCCGGCUGCUCUCUCACUCCUCCUUCACAAGCUCUCUUCCUCCGGACCUCCUUCCCGGGAGUCGUCUUGAGAAGCAGAGCCUCCAGACUGCUCUAACAGCUCUUGCACCAUCCACCACACCUCUCCACCACUCUGCACCUAGCGCCCCUGUGGACCCUCCCUCGUUCUCGCUCCUCCACGACCUCCUCUGCGUCCUCCCCCGCACCCCCUCGUCCCUCCCCCUCCUCGCCGCCAUGCUGCGCCUCACCACGGACUGCUACAAGACCAUUGCUCAGGCAGCUUCAGCUGCCACAGAAGCCGCGGCAACAGGAGCAGAGGCAGGAGGCACAGGAGGGGGGGAAGGUGCACUGGUACUGUCACACCCACCAAAAUCUGCCAUCCCCCCCGGCGCCAGGGGGUAUGUGGAUGAUGACUUUGACGACGACUGGGAGUUUCACCAGCCGUCUGCACGGCAAGCUACAGCUGGGAGAGGUGGGGCAAGGGGGAGGCUGGGUGGGACGGGGUCUAGGUCAGGGGCAGUUCUCGCCAGCUUCCAAGCCCAGCAGCAGCAGCAGCAGCAGGUGGUGGAGGUGGGGGAGGAGGAGGCGCGCAUCUUUGACAACGACCUGGACGCGCCAGGCGUGCCGUCGCAGGCGCCGGUGCUGCACAGCCAUAGGCAGACCCAGAGUGGCUGGCGGGAUGCUGCAGGUGGGGCUGCCGCUGCUGCCAGUGCCAGUCGGGGUCUUGGUGGAGGUGCUUUGACGCAGUCGAGUGGUGGUGGCGGUGCAACAGCAGCGGCGGAGGUAGCAAUGGGGGCGGUGUGGUUCCUUGGGUGUGUGGCGGAGCUGCUCCCAGCAGCAGCGUGCAGGGAGGCGUCAUGGCUACUGGAGCUGAAUGACAACUCGGAGUGCUGCUGGCAGCUACUCUGCGUGCUCGCAUCACACGCAGAGCUCUCCCUCGCACUCCAACCUGUGGUGUCAGCGUUUGAAUCGCCCGAGUGCAUGGCAGCGCACUCCCAUCGCACGCAUCUCCUUCGCCUCGCAGCCAUGGCCGCGUCUCGCCUUACUGCCCACAGGAAAGGCGCCCUGCCGCCCUCCUUGCUCCAGGAAGAGGACGCAGAGCGCGCAGAGGGACCAGAGGCAUGGGGUCGUACGACUGUUCAUGAUGCAGAUGCGGAGCAGGCACAGCAGGCAAUGCAGGCAGCAGUGCUGGCAGUGCUGGAUGAGGGCGUGCCCGCCCCUGCUGCGCGCAUCCACCUCGCCAAUGCCCUCCUCGCGCUUACCCUGCUCGGCUCCACUGACCUGUUUGAGCCGCUGUUUGAGCUGCUGGGCGACAGGGACUACGGGGUGCGCCUGUACAUGUGCCGUGUGCUGCCUGCGCUCUUCCUCAAGUGGGAGGACCACCAUGCCAUGCUGAACGACACUCUGUCGAAUGUCAAGACGCUGUCUCUCGCACCCUCACCCACCCUCUCCGUCUCCACGCUCCACCUGCCCUCUGACACUGCCGCCACCGCCACUCCUCCUGCUGCCGCCACCCCCUCUGCCAGCCCUGCUGCCCGCCGCGGGCUGCCUCUGCUUGCGGGCGCAGCGGGGAGGAGCGCGCUGAUGGCACUCAGGGGCAGCGAUGGGCGGAGCGGCGGGGGGAGAGAGGAAGGGGAGGGUGAAGGCGCAGAGGGGAGUGGAGGGGCAGAGGAGGAGAGAGUGAGGAGGGAGGUGGGGCGGAUGGAGAGGGGUCGGGUGGAGACGAGUGUGGUGCUGCUGGGGAGGAUAGCGGAGAGCAGCGACGCCGUGGAGGACGAGGUCGUAUUUCUCAUCAUGGCAGCCACUGCCCUCGGCCUUGCUCGCAUCGAGCUAGCUGGUGCAGUCGUGGGUGCAGCAGCAGCAUCGCUGGGCUACCCCAGUGCGACCCAGUACCUCGCCAUUCUCCUCCCUUCCAUCGCCAUGCGCUGGGCAGCCUCAGACCCCAUCCUUCUGCCGCUGCGUGCCCUCGCACAGGUUAUAAUGAGCCUGGAGCGAGCUGCUGCCAGUGGGGAAGUGGGCGCGGGUGCACAUGGUGAUGCAUGUGUAGGUGACGGCACGGGUGAUGGCGGUGGAGGGGACAGGGACUCCUGGGAGGAGAACAAGGCAGAGCGAUGCAAGGGAGCAGAGGGGGCAGAAGGAGCAGGAGCGGAUGUGAAGGCAUGGAGGAGGAUGGCACCGCUUGUGCUGCCCACGCUGCUGCUGCUGGGGAGAGACAGCGACGUGCAGUGGCUGGCAGAGGUUCUCCAAACGUCCGUCCCCGCGCUUCUCAAAGACACCUUCUCAGACGUGUUUGCGUCGCUGCUGCCGUUCCGCCAGUCAGAGCUUGACACGUGGCAGAAGGAGGUUGCAACAGGUGUGCUGAAGACAGGGAUGCUGGCCCUGGCAGGGUGGAGUGAGGCGGACAGGGAUGAGCUGCUGACCAAGCACAUGGUGCCCAUCAUCGCCACUCUCCUUCGCCUUACGUGCACCCACCAGCACCCAUCGCUGCCGUACUUCCCCGCUCACACCAUCCGAGCCACCAUAUGCCAUCUCCUUGAUACUACCGUUGACUCUGCUCCGUCGACCAGCACAACCCGUGUGCCUCCCUCUGCCGCACCGCCUUGCACCUCCCUCCUGCUGACGGACAGGCUCAACAUUCUGCGACCAGCAAAUGUGUUCACACUACUGCUCUCGCUGCACAAGGCAGCUGUAGCAGCCUGCAGUCCACGUCAUCGCUGCCACGUCAUCGCUGCGCUGUCAGUGCUGGUUGAUCUUCUGGCCGACAGAGUCACUGCACCGCCCACUUUCAGGUACCUGGUGCACGUGCUGCUCGCCUGCCUACCCGUCUCUGCGCCCUCUUGGCCACACCCUUCCUCUCCCAUCUGCUCCUCCCAGCUGCCGCUCUCUCAGAGCCCCUCCACUCCAUCGCAGUCGCCCUCAUCAGCAGCAGCGGUGGCGGUGGCGUGCCUGGAGGUGCUGGCGCAGGUGGUAGCGGUAGCGCACAGCAGCAAUGGGAAGGCAAGCAGUGAAACGGCUGCCUGUGCUGUGCUGGAUCAGAGCGAGGUCAGUCUUAUUCAAACUGGGACUCACGUUGCUGGCUUGGACCAUCUCCCAUAUCAGCAGGCGAUCAUGUCCCAUGUGCUUGCCCUCUGCGUGCCUCCAUCAAGGGCAGCACCAGGGGGCGAGCUGCCAGAGGUGCUGUUGGAGUUGCUGAGGGGCUUCACACUGGAUGCACCGCUGCCGCUGAGGGACCGCCUCAAGCUCCUGCAGGUGCCAGCAGCAGCAGUGGCAGCCCACCCUGCACUUGCCCCCAUCGCCGACUCUCUCUCCUCUCUCUCCCAAGACCUGCCUCUGCCACACCUGCUGGCACAGCUUGCCUCUCGGGCCGCCAGCCUUUCCCCAGCAGUUCUUGCACAGAGCCUGCAAGCAGCAUGCGAGCACCUCUCCUCGCGCAAGCAAGACCUCUGGCUUGACACCGCUGCUGUUCAAGAUAGCCCAGGCUUGGAUGAAGGGGAGGCUGCGACUGACAUGCCCCGGCCCAUCCCUGAAGCGCUUUCUGCCACAUGGCAGCUGCUGCAGCUGUCAAGGCAGAUGAGCGAAUCGGAUCCCAGCACGCACACCAUCAGGGCAUGCCUGGGCCGACUUCUGGCCACACUGGGCCUGUGGGACGCGUCCGCAGUCUCCUUCAGGCUUCCUGCCACAGCAGCAUCUGCGCCAGCAAGUGUUACUCUAGUGAAUGCUGAUCCGGCAGGCGAGGGCAUAGAGGAGGGUGUGAUUGUAUCCGUGCUGGCGCUGCUGGGUAGCCUCCUGGUGGACCCCGAUGUGAACGUCAUCCAGCUCGCCGCUCAAACCAUCGAGGCCAUUCUCAUGACGGAGCGCGGCCACCGGGUCUUCACUGCCAAGGACUUUCCACAAAAGAAGUACCUCCAGGCACACAUAAAGACGGUCAACGCCGCCCGUGCACAGCAGAUCAUCCAGCGAUUGAAGGAGGAAGCAGCAGCCUCCACCCCUCAACUGCACGACCCUUCGCCCUGGCUGGCGGUGGGGUCGACGCAUGAGGAGUGGGUGCGGCGGGUUGUGCCUCUGCUCAUUCUGCACGCCACAGACGACAUUCUCACUCUGUGCGGUCCCCUGUGCGCCGUGAACACCCCGCUGGCGGAGCUGCUGUUCCCGCACGUGCUCGCCAGCCUCGCGGCCUCGCAUGCUCCCACCAGCCACCUCUGCCGCACUGUGUCUGCCCAGCUAUCAACGCACAUCCUGCACGCUGCGCACGUGGUGUCGCUGCGCUCGCUGCAGCUGCUGCUGGACGCCCUCAGCGCCCUCAGGGCAUGCAACGUCCGCGCGCGCAUGGCCCCUCCACCCCACACUGCCGCAGCUGCUGCUGCCCGCGGUCAGAGCUCUGCUGUCGGUGCUCGGAGGACUGCUGCCAAGACCCCAUCCACAGCAGCGCCCAGCACGCUAGAGGCAGCAACGCGCACAGCAGCGGGCGGGACAGCGAGCAGCAACAAGGGCAGGAGAGGGGGCAGGCGGGCGCCCAAGGCUGCUGCUGCAUCGCCUGCAGGGGGUCAGGCGCUAACAGCAGCGGGUGCGGAAGCAGAAGAUGCUGUAGCAGGUGAAGGCGACGGCGAGGAGAGGGGAGCUGACUGUGACGAGGGAGAGCCGGAGUCCCCUCAGCACUGGCAAUCCCCCGUGUGGCUGCAGUUGGACCUGCUCACUCUCGCACGGGCAGCACAGCGCUGUGGGGCGUCGUUGUCGGCCAUCCUGUACACGGAGCUCUGGUGCGAGCACCGCUUCGGACGCCCAACGCUGGGCGAGCCGAGCUUCGAUGACGAAUCCGAUGCUGUGCAGCCCCACGAGGACGUGCUGCUGGCGUGCUACGCCGCUGUCAAUGAGCCCGACGCCAUCUAUGCCGUCGCCCGCACCAACAAGCUGUCGUCUCGGCUGGCCAUCGACCGCCACGAGGGGCGCUGGGAGAAGGUGCUUCAGACCCUGGACCACACCAUGUCGCACCGCACUGCACCUGCUGCCUUUGCUGUUGCUGCUGGUGGUGCUGCUGAUGUUCCCCCUGCGUCCACUGCAGCUGCACCCUCGUUGCAGUUGCAGUCGCAGUCACUGCAGCAGGGGGUGAUGGCGGCACUGCAGCACAUGGCGUGCUCCCACGUGCUGCAGGCGUACUGGCGGGGCACCGUCGCAGGUGCUGCUGCCGCCACUGCGGGCACAGCAGCAGGAGUGUCUGUUCGAGAGAGAGCGGACUUUCUAGAGCUCCAGUACGAAGCUGCGUGGAAGAUGGGCAAGUGGGACCUGCCAGCUGCUCAGCUCGCAGGCUCGCCACAGGCACAUGCCUCUUCCUUCUCCUUUGCGCCUUCCACAGUGGCACCUGCUAGCAGCACGCCAGACCUCAGCAUCUCUCAUGGCUGUGGUGCUGGCUUCCAUGCAGCGCUGUACAGCGCCCUCAAAGCGCUUCACGAGGGCGACUGUGCGUCAUCCGUGGCCACUGCUGCUGCCGCCCACCAGGCCAUUGUCUGCCAGCUGGCAUCCACGUCAGCAGAGAGUGCUCUGCACAUCAACUCCCGUCUGGUACUUCUCCAGGCGCUGGAGAAUGUUCAAGAGGCGGCAUCUCUUAACCUGUCCUGUGGUUCCGGCCAAGCCAACCCGGCACUGCCAGCUCAGCAAACACAGUGGCAGCUGCACACGUGGCAGCGCCAGCUGGCAGCAUGUGGGAGCAGCUUCCGGCUGCAGGAGCCGCUGCUGAGCUGUCGGGGGGCGUACCUGCGGGCGACCAGCCAGCAUGCUGCGCUGCCGCUGCACCUGCUGGAGGCCGCCAGCCUGUGCCGCAAGGCGCACCUGGUGAGCCAGGCCACAGUGCAGGUGCAGUGCCUUAAGGACGCGUGUCGCAGCCUCACAGCAAGCGACCAGUCAGCCAGCUCUGCGGCGGCGGGCAGUGGUGUGUGGGCGUGGGGCGUGGAGGGCGUGGGGUUCUGUGGGCGUGUGGAGGAGGCGAAGCUGCUGGCGGCGGAGGGGCGGCAGGACAUGGCGGUGCGCCUGCUGCAGCACCUGCUGCGCGCCGACCUGCACUCCACUGCCUCUCACGGGACCAAUGCGCCCUCCGCCUCUCCUGCUGCCACUGCUGCUGCAUGCGUGCCCGUACCAGACCGCGUGUACACGCUUGGCUUAGCAGCCAAGUGGCUCGGGGAGACUCGCUCUAUCAGCUCGUGGCACCCACGGCACCUGAUUCAGCCGGGGUGGCCUCUGAAGGCACAGAAUGAGUCACCUGACUCCAUUUCUCUCCCUCGCUUCCUUCCCUCCUCUCUCCGCCCGUCCCCCCCCCCCAGCUCGCGUGUGGUGCUGAGCGACUACCUGUGGAGGGCGGUGGACCUCACAGUGCUAUCCCAGCUCGACUCCUCCUCCGCUGCCUCUGCCACCCAAGGCUACACCUCCUUCCCCUUUGCCGCCAACUGGCGCCAGCAGCAAGAGGAGAGGCAGCGAGAGCACCAGGUGCAGGAAGGGCGGAGCGAGCAGCAGGGUGGGGAGAAUGGGGAGCAGCAGCAGCAGGUUGGGCAGCGGCAGCAGCGGUGCGUGGUGUACUUCCAAAUGGCGCGCUACGUGGACGGGCUGUUCGUGGUGCUGCACGCGCGCCUGCACUCCCAGCAGUGGCAGGCGGCGCAGGACCUGAGGAAGCACAAGCGGAAGGAGGUGGAGGAGAUGACGAAGCGAGUGAAGACUUCCAGAAGAGAGGAGGAGCGGCGGGUGUACCAGGCGAAGAUCAUGGAGCUGCAGAAGCAGCUGGCCGUGGACGACAGCGAGGCCACCGAAAUGCAGGGCGAGCACGACAUGUACCUGCGGGCUGCUCUGGAGAAUUACAGGGAGUGCCUUCUGGCGGCUGACACCUACGACAUCAAAGUGGUGUUUCGGCUGAUGGCGCUGUGGUUCACGCUGCUGAGCGACGACACCGUGGACAUCGUCAACGCCCAGAUGCUCAAGACCAUCCACACCGUGCCGUCGUACAAGUUCCUCCCCCUCGUGUACCAGAUCGCAUCGCGCAUGAGCGAGCACGACGCACACGGCUCGCCGCCAGUGGAUGCGGAGAAGCCCGACUUCCAGACAGUGCUGACGACUCUGGUCAAGCGAAUGGCAGACGACCAUCCCCUGCACACCGUGCCUGUGCUGUUGGCGCUGGCCAACGGCAACAGGGUGCGCACCACACAGCGCGGCCGCAAUCUCUUUGUUGUGGACGAGGAGAAGAUCCAGGCGGCAAAGGCUGUCCUUAGUGGCAUGGCUGAGCGGCACAAGCCCUUGCUGGCCGAGAUGCAGCAGCUGAUGGACCUCUACAUUCGCCUUGCGGAGAUGGAGACCAGCAAGGAGGAUGUCCUCCGUGCGAAGCAGCUUCCAAGAAACUUUCGCAGCGUUAGAGACCUCUUGCUGGUGCCUGUGCUCACAGCGUGUGUGCCAGUGGAUCGCACAUGCCGCUAUGCGCAGGGGUCCUUCCCUGCCUUCUGCGGGCUCAAGGACACCAUCAAGGUGAUGCACGGGGUGAAUGCGCCCAAGGUGGUGGAGUGCGUGGGGUCGGAUGGCUGCGCGUACAAGCAGCUGGCCAAGUCAGGCAACGACGACCUCCGGCAGGACGCAGUGAUGGAGCAGCUGUUCGCACUCGUCAACUCGCUGCUUCAAGCCCAUGGCAGCGCCAGCAAGCGCCGCCUCGCCAUCCGCACCUACAAGGUGGUGCCCUUCACGCCCAGCGCGGGAGUGCUCGAGUGGGUGGACGGCACACUGCCGCUUGGGGAGUACCUUCUGGGAAGUUCGCGCAAGGGAGGCGCGCAUGCGCGGUACGGUGGCGCGGAUUGGCCCUUCAUGACGUGCCGUGAAGUGAUGACCAGGGAGAGGGACAAGAAGCAGGCAUUCGACAAGGUCCUCCAGAAUUUCCACCCUGUGAUGCGCCACUUCUUCCUCGAGCGCUUCCUGCUACCCUCCGACUGGUUCGACCACCGCCUCACGUACACGCGCAGCGUGGCUGCCACCUCCAUGGUGGGGUACGUGGUGGGGUUGGGCGACCGACACUCGAUGAACAUUCUGCUGGACGAGCGCACCGCCGAGGUGGUGCACAUUGACCUGGGGAUAGCCUUCGAGCAGGGCGCCAUGCUCAAGACGCCAGAGAAGGUGCCCUUCCGCCUCACACGAGACAUCAUUGAUGGCAUGGGAGUGUGCGGAGUGGAGGGGGUGUUCCGGCGGUGCUGUGAGGCAGUGCUGUCAGUGAUGCGAGAGAACAAGGAGGCGCUGCUCACCAUCAUUGAGGUGUUCAUCUAUGACCCUCUUUACAAGUGGGCACUCUCCCCGCUUAAGGCGCUGCAUCGACAAAAGAUGGAGGAGAGCGAGGAGGCACUGGAGGAGUCUGCGGGGUGGGAGGAGGAGAGCGGCGUGGCGAUGGAGGGCAACGAGGAGGCCACGAGGGCGCUGCUGCGAGUCAAGCAGAAGCUCGAGGGGUUUGAAGACGGGGAGAUGCGCAGCCUGGCCGGGCAGGUGCAGCAGCUGAUCAAGGAUGCACAGGAUCCCACCCGCCUCGCCAUCAUGUUUCCAGGAUGGGGAGCAUGGCUGUAGCUUGGUUGUAGCAUGGCUACACGAAUAGUUGUUCGCAUGGUUGUGGCUGUUCAGUAUAGGUUAGACUCCACUCCUGUUCAGUAUGGUUGUGGUUCCUAUAGCUUCAAAUAUCUAAUCUAGAUAGUAUAUGAUGACCCUCUCUAAUAAAGUUCGGGAUGAGAUUUUUCAAGCCUCAUUGAGAAAGAGG